ACUAGGUGGCAGCAUUUCAUUGUGCGUCCUUCUCCCGGACAGGAACAAAAAUGAGCGGGAGAAUUCGUGUUGUUGUUGUGGGUCAAAUACAGUGACGGUCUCUAUGAAAGAUAUUAAUGUUUUCUGUGAAAUAUUAAUAUUUUAAUACUUACUUUCACUAUUGUUUUGAAAGUAAAGCUAUCGCAAAUGCAAAAUUAGCAUCAAAACUCGCCAAACUGUCUAAACAAAGAAGAGUGUAAUGUAAGCGUCGAAUGGCGGUAAGCUACCAGUCACGGGCAUGUUGGGAUUGAAACGGAGAACCGGACUAUCUGCGCGUUUAAGAGCUUCACUGGCGGACACACAUUUUCUUUAACCAGGGGUGAACACGAUGUCCCAGGUCAAAGCCAAAAAGAAACUGCAUUAUUAUCAAGGACACGAAAUAGUCAAUUCUGAAUACAAGAUCGAUAAGGUUUUGACCCUGCGUGAGAUUGACAAUCUCUUCGACGACAUUGAUGCUGACUCUGAGCUGGGUAUGCCUCUGCUUUCUCCUUUGCCCAAAAGCACUGGUAUGAAUAGUCAGAAGAAAAGUGAAAGUUCUUCUGAUCCAGAGAAGAUAAAUGCAUCAUCUCAACAGGUGCCCAAGGAUGCUUUAAUCCAAGAAAAUGGCAUUCAAGAAGACGAAAUGAUUGAUAAAGAGAGUCCAUUUAAAGAACUUGCUCCCAUAAAGACGUCCAGCCCUAUUGCUUUGGCAACAGAGAGGGAUGAAACGGUGGAUGGAGUCAGACCUGUGGCUGAUCCUCUUCUCUUUGUUGAGGACGAGGAACCCAUUGGUGGAGACCUAAGCAAGGCGUCCUUCACUCAGAAGUCAGAACCGGUCAAGGAAUCCAUUAAUGGUGAUAGCGGGUCUCUGGCUUCACCACCAGAAAGGCUUGAGUUUAGAAAAACUGCUAAAGCAACGGCUGGUUCUUUAUCAAGUAUGAAGCCUGCGAAAACCACUAAAAUAUCAGAGCAAGCCACACAGUCCCCCCCAGAAACUAAGGAAGAUUUAACAAUGGAAAAAAAUCCAAGUCAGCUUUCUCCUGUUUUGGUUCAGCAAAGUGAACCAAAACUUCAAGAGCUGGAGCAAUGCAAGAAUCAGGUGGUGGAGGAUCAAGGCAAAGGAUUGUCUUUCCAGCACAAGCUUAAAAAGGCCUUGAUGCCUAAAUCCCUACGGAAACCAGCAGCAGUUCCAGCUUCUCCACCUGUAGAUUUAGAGGAGGAUUUCAUGAUCCUAGACGACGAGGCUCCUGUUCUUUUUGUCAUCCCUCGCAAGGCAGAGGUCAGCAGGAACAAAAGACCUGUCCCAGCAGACACUGCAAAGGAGAAUGUUCUUACAGAGCCACACUGUACAGAUCGGCUCUCACAGAGUGAAACAGAUACGACUAAUCAGCAUGGGAAGGAUGCUAAAAGAAACAAAGCGCAGAUUGAGUCUGGUAAACAAAAACUGAAAAGAAAACGUGGAAAAGCCUCAAAAAAGAGUGACAAAGGUUCUGUGACUCAUGAUAGUGUUGAGGAUGGAGCAGACCUUGUGACUGAAACGCUGGAGGACAGAAUUUCUGAUCAGACCUCUUCUCAAACUGUACAGGGACACAAAACUGUGUCAUCAGGAAAGAAACGUGCAAACAGCAAGGCUCCUGGGCCUGCUGAUCUUUCUGACAAAGACGAAACAAAUAUAGGCGGCAGCCAAGAAAUCCCAGUUCCUGAGUCUAGAGCCACAAAGAAAUCCUCAAAAUCAUCUAAACAGGAGAGACCCGGGCCAAAAGCUAAGAAAGAAUCCAAUAAAGACACUGCUGCAGCAGAUCACCGCUCCAUGAAAUCCAACAAAAAAAGAAAGAAUAACAAAAAAGAGAAAACUGCCCCUAAGACAAAGAAACAAACUUCUAAACAACAAAUAGAUUUGGAACAGACAGAUCCUUCCUGUGAGGAGCAAGAGCAUGAACCUUCACCUGCCCUCAGUGAGCAAGAGGAGGAACAAAUGACAGCUGUGAAUAAACGAUCUUCACACAAGGAAGACGCUGUGGAUCCAGGCAAAAAACUGAAGAGAAAAGAGACAAUAAGGGUGGAUCCAAAACCACAGGAUCCACCAACAAUAUCAUCUGAUAUUUCUUCAGACAGUCCUGUGUGUUGCAAGAGGAAGAGGAGACCUCCAAGAGAGUGGUGGCUCUCUAGCCUGAAUGAAAGUACCACAGAGCCUCAGCCAAAGCAAGCGUUGGAUACAGCACAAAGGCCGAAAGCUAGUACUAAAGCAUCAACAAAGCAAGCAGCUGCUGUUGAUUCUGAGGAAACGCAGUCUAUCAGGCCUGCCCAGAGGAAUCAGAAAAAGAAGAAGAAUCCCAAUGUUUUGGACAGUGCUAAAAAGGCAAUAGCAGGUGACGAUGGACAUAAUGCUGGAUCUGAGCAGAAGACUGCUAAGAAAACAGGGGGUCGAAGGAAACCAAAAUCAGCAGCCACUCAACCUCAAGUGCCACCACCAGGAGAGGAAGUGGGAGCUUGUCCGAAUGAGAAUGAUGUAGAGAUUAGUCCAGAAUUGUGUAGUCCUAACAGACAGCACAGCUUCCUUAGAGGUGAGAAGAGAGUGUUUGACUGGGUCUACUCGCGUGAAUCUGGAUCUGCACAGAAACAGACUUCAUCUUCUAUUAGUAGACCGGACAGUUCUGUGCCAGACAAUGUUCCACAGAAAAGACAAAGAAAAGCUCCUUCGAACUGGUGGGAAGCGCCGCAGUCUCAGGAACCAGCCAAUGGGCUUCCCACACCUCACAGUCCUCCUCCACAAAAGUCCAAACUAACAAAUACUCCUCUUCGUGGUGUGAUUAAUAAGGAUGGAAAUUCAAUGAAAUCACAAAAAACAAAGAAUCACACCAGGAACCUAAAAAGAAACAUUAUCAACACGCCAAAAUCAAUCAAACGAUCUUUAGCCUCAAUGAAUGCCAUUUUUGCUUCUGAAAAACCUGAAAACAUGGUAAAAAGUGGACUAAGGUGCAGUAAACAGGGACGCAGAAACCUCCUUCACUCUCUUGAGGACCAGUCAGAUCACUCGAGUGAGAAUAUGGCCCAAAGUGACGAUCAGUUUCAGGGAAACGGCCGUGCCUCUUUUGGCUUUACCAGUGGUGUUACUGUGGAGCCGUCAGGGACCAGAAACAGAACAAGUGUCCGAGUAUCCAGUGGACCCAACAUUAUAUCUGAUGUUGACGUUGCUUUCAGAAGUGGGCCGUCAUCAAUGCUUGAGCUUCAGCGACAUGAAGAGGAUGACGAUAUUGACUUACCGUCGUCUAGAGUGAUUCCGUCAUCGAGAGUGACGGCGCAUGUGCGACAGGCUCCACGGGUGUUGGCGCAGUGCGAUCUCUGUGGGCCUCCACUACAGCCUAUUGUCCUGGAGGAAGAGGAUUGGAACAACCUGCAUGAGUGGUUCUCUCACCUGUGGCCUCCAGCCUCUAAAGACGGGCGAGUUAUCAGUCCUGAUGACUUCCACUGGCACUCCCAUGGAGGCCGAGCAAUGGGCCACGUGGUUGACCUCCAGAGCCACUCUUUCUCACAUGGAAAGAUACUGCUGGGGUCGUUCAUGAAGAAACCCUCACAGGUGGACAUUGAUACGGUUUCUGUAUUCAGCAUUAUCUCAAGUUGUGUGCGUGUUGAUAUUGAUGGUGAAAAGUCAGUCUACAAUUCUGGACAAGUGUUUAUGAUACCCUCUGGACAAAUGUAUAGCAUUCAAAACCUCUGUCAGGAACCUGCAGUGCUGAUUUACCACAGGACACAGUCAAAUGACACACAGAGCUGAUUGACAUUGUGGCUUUCAUCAAUUUUUUUCAAAUAUUCAGCUGUAUAUUUUUUUAAAGACAAAUUGUAGAUGAUUGUUUCAAAAAGUCAUACAGGUGUAGUUGUCUAGCACAGCUCAUAACUUCCGGUUGUUUUGUUGUAAAUAGCUUCAAGAAAAUGUUAGUCUUGGAAAAAAAACCUUGAUUUUAUGAUGCUAUAUGAAAAGCUUACAUGUCCAUUUUUGUCUUUGAUUUUCCCUCAGAAUGCAGCUGUCUAGGUAUUCAGAACAAAUUUGUUGGGUUGUCAGCAGGGGUCAGCAGAUCCUCUGCUAUAUUACAUUGCUGUGCAUGUCCAACUUUGCCUCUUUUUAUGCUCAAAAGUAGUGCUGUUUAUUUGAGGUACAUGUAAAAAAGUAAAAUCUCCAUUUUAUUAGUAACCAUUUCAUAUACAGUUGAUCAAUGUAUUGUCGUGUAAGUGAUUUCACGGCAUUUGUGUUUGUAAUAUUAGUUCUACUUCUACUACCCUGUUUGGAAAUGUAUUUAUGUAUAGACUUGUAAAAAAAAAACGUUUUUGAAUUUUGUGUUUUACACUCCAUCAGUUCUGAAAGAGCAGAGACACAGAAGCCACUGUGCAUAUGCUUUUUUUUUUUAUGAAGUAAAAAUGUCUUUGUGAAAGAAGAAAAAUAGAUAUACACAGCAGACAUUACCUUUUUUUUUUUUUUUUUUUGUAAAGUGUAUAGAUAGAUGCUUAAGACUCUAAUCCAUUAUUGUCUCUUUACAUUUUAAAAUGAUGACAUUCACUUCUGCACAUCAUUUUUCCCUUGUCACUUACAAAUCCUUUUUGUGAAGACCAGGGGACACUCUAUCGUUUAAUUAUGCAGCAUGCUUUUAACCCCAGACAGGCAGUGGAAACACAACAUGAAAAAUAUGAGAUAAAAUACCUUAAAAUGGCUUUUCAUAGCAAAUCUAUGACACACAAGUUUAUCCCUUGGCCAUAAGGCAAUGCUAGGAAUAUUUUAAACAAGUGUGACAGUGAUAACACAGAUAACUUUGUUUAUAAAGAUAAUAAAUUGUUCUUGCUUUAACCAGCAUAUGGUUAUAGUUAAGAUACCCCAUCCUUCUCCUAAGGUUUUCAAACCAAUCCACACAAAAGUCUCUUUCAUUAUGUGCCUAAAAAGAGAAAUGGUUUGUUUACCACAAAUUCUAGUAAAUUUGGGAUUACUUUGUCCAAUCAAACUUUAGCAAAGGUUGGAAAUGUUUCAAUUAAUCAGAGUGUAUCACUUUAAUCACAGUAAAUCCCCCAUCAGCAGAACUGUGAAAAAGUCGACAAUAUACUGUCUCUCACUUGUUAUCGUGCUGAAAUAGCAGUAGCUGCAGGCAUCAAUAAUUCACUCUUUAUCAUGCAAACCCACCUGUGGAUCCAGUCAUUCCACUUUUAGAGGACAAUUGGUUGAGAAAAAUGAGCAGAUCCCUGGAAAACCUAUCAGAGAGCUGACUGAUGUCGACUAGAGACCAAAGAUAUGUCAAACCAAGCGAUUAGCAGUGUUUAAUGGAAUGACUUUCCACAUUUCCCAUUGAAUGUUGUGGAAAAUGCCAACAUAUAUCAUGGAUUUAUUUUAUCUUGCUGCUGAUGUAUACAUACAUACAUUGUUGUAAAGGUUAAGUGUAGAGACCCACAAGGGUAGCUGAAUGAUAUAGUAAAAAAGGUCAGGUCAGGUGCAGUACUUGCCCAAAAUAAUGAUUAAAAAUAUAAUCUGGACUGAGGGUUUUCCAGAAGAGCCU